AUGACAGUAAAUCUACUCUGCUUCAUCAAGCUACAUCUAGAUGAACAAGACAUACAUUUUAAACUGAGACUUUAUUGUUGGAACUAUUUGACAACAUAUAAUGCCAAUUUAUCGUCUUUCACGUCUAUAUUAUAUCAUCUAAAUUGUCUUCUGCAUCAUUUAUCUUUUUACCCAUUUCUUCAACACCUUCCACUUCGUAGAUAUUAUCCCCAAAAUCUGUUACCUCAUCGAUUUCAUCAAUAUUGUCGAUACUAUCUGCAUUCUCAUCAUUUAUUUCAUCGAUAUUGUCGAUACUAUCUGCAUUCUCAUCAUUUAUUUCAUCAAUAUUGUCGAUACUAUCUGCAUUCUCAUCAUUUAUUUCAUCGAUAUUGUCGAUACUAUCUGCAUUCUCAUCAUUUAUUUCAUCGAUAUUGUCGAUACUAUCUGCAUUCUCAUCAUUUAUUUCAUCGAUAUUGUCGAUACUAUCUGCAUUCUCAUCAUUUAUUUCAUCAAUAUUGUCGAUACUAUUUGCAUUCUCAUCAUUUAUUUCAUCGAUAUUGUCGAUACUAUCUGCAUUCUCAUCAUUUAUUUCAUCGAUAUUGUCGAUACUAUCUGCAUUCUCAUCAUUUAUUUCAUCAAUAUUGUCGAUGCUAUCUACAUUCUCAUCAUUUAUUUCAUCGAUAUUGUCGGUACGAUCUGCAUUCUCAUCAUUUAUUUCAUCGAUAUUGUCGGUACGAUCUGCAUUCUCAUCAUUUAUUUCAUCGAUAUUGUCGGUACGAUCUGCAUUUUCAUCAUUUAUUUCAUCGAUAUUGUCGAUACUAUCUGCAUUCUCGUCAUGGAUUUCAUCGAUCUUGUCUACGUCAUUUUCAAAUAUUUCUCGCGGGGAAGAAUUAG